AUGAAAAGGACAAAUGCUCUUACCACUCUAUUAAAUGGUAAUACAAAGAAAAAGACCAAGUUAGCUGAGAAGGCUAACUUUAUUACGGAAGCCAUCGAACACGGUAAUGAAGAUGAUACUACACUCGAUUCCAUAAUUGAAUCCUCAUCACCCCUUAAAGAAGUUAUAGAGGAUAAACCCAUAAAGCAUAUAACUCCAGUGGGUGAUUCUGCGAAUUCUCAAUCUGUCAAGAAUUUCCUAAUGAGCCGUCCAAAGAAGAUCGAACUGAAAAAGGCCAAUGGAACUGGCAAGGCUAGGAAUAAACCUAUAGUUAUUUCUCUAGAUGAAGAUGAAGAUUCCUUCUUAAUGGGUGAUGAUAUAAAUAUUAUUUCUGAAAAUGUGACCAAUAUUAACCAUGUGAAUGAUGAUGAUGAGGAUAUUAUUGUUUCAGCCAGUACUGUCGUGUCAGACCCUCAAAAUUCAAAAAAAGUCAAACUAAAAGAUUUAUUUGGAUCAUUUAAGAAGCCUGAUAAUAUAAACAAUGAUACUAUUGGACGUAAUGAAACAACACAGGGUCCAUUAAAAAGAUUAAAUGACAUAUCAAAAUUGAAGAGCCUGGAUGCCCCCUUCCCAAAGUGCCAAAUGAUUUUUCCAAAUGAAGAUGACUACUCCCCACUACGGAAAGAUAAAGUUCAAUUACAUCUCCCUAAGAAGAAAGAUAAUAUACAAACACCAAUGUUAUGGACAACAGAUGAUUAUUUAUUGUUGAAUAAAAAUUCUCCUAAAGAUCAACAAUUUAAACUCAUGCCAUUUCAAAUGAAUUCCAAAGCAAAUCAUGUUUCCAACUGGCCUAAUUUAUUUAAACCAAAGUCGAUCAAAGAAGUAAUGUUAGAACCAAAGUUAAAAACUCAAGUUGAAAUAUGGCUUAAUGAAUCAUUCGAUAAAUUAAAGAAACCAACAACCAGAAAUAAAUUACAAAAGAAACUAGCUAAGGAGGAGGUUGACGAGUUUGCCAAUUUUAUUAUCCAUGGGGAUGCUGACGUUGAUGAUAGUGAUAAUGAUGAAACCCAGACAAUUGACUUUGUCCCUCUAGCUAUACUAUAUGGAGAAGGUAUUGGUAAGAAUACAUUAAUUGAGCUUAUAAUGGAAGAUUUAGGUGGUCAAAUAUUUGAAGUGAAUACUUCCGAAAAUAGGAGUAAGAAAGAUAUACUUGAUAAGCUAAACGAGUUUUCCACUACACAUUAUGUUAAAGGGAGAGGUUCUAAAGGUAUUAUUUUAUUUGAUGACGUGGAUGUUAUUUUCAAAGAGCAUGAUAAGUUUUUUUGGAAUGCAGUUGAAAAAUUAUUGUUGACUGCAAGACGACCAAUUAUUCUGAUAUGUAGGGAUCUUAAUUUUAUUCCAACGACAUUGAUCAAUGUUGCUGAGGAGGAAAAUUCAUUAUUCAGUGCUAAAGUGGUUGCUACUAAGACAGUCAAAGCAUUCUUACUGAAGUACUGUCAGAUAUUGAAUUUGCAACUUGAUUCCGAAAUAAUUGAUAACAUCAUACAAGCAAAUAAUAAAGACAUAAGAAAGUGUUUGAUGAGUCUACAAUUUUGGACAUCUACUUCUGGUACUUUCCCUCUGCCAAUGGCAACAACACCAGUCCGGAAGGAAGAAUAUUCUAUCUCUACAAUGUCAACUAUUACCGAAUUAACGUCCAUAUGUGAUAUAUUAGAAUCACACACAGCAUAUGCAUCGCAACUAUUGCAAGAUGUAGACCCUACAUUAAUGUCUCCCGAAGCCGAAAUGUUGUUGAAUGAAACAGUCGAUGAGACAUUACGAUCUAAAUAUGAUUACAUGAUCGAUUACAGAUACCACCUUUCCGAUAGAAAUCAGACACCUUUACUUCCUUUUGAAACUAAUAUUUCCGGUUAUUUAUUCACUAAGGUCGAACCAUUAUAUUCACCGAUUGUUUUCCCAAAGGAAAUAAGCCCAAGUUUAAUGUUUAAAAGAAUAACAAAGGCAACGUUAAGGUAUUUGAGCACUAGAAGAAAACGUAAAAGAAUUGAAAUGGAUAGUUUUAUAAGGAAGACAAGAAAUUCCAGGAAGAUUAACGAAAUUCUACAAGGAUUCGAAGGAAAUGAAAUAAUUGAUACUUUGGAUAAUUCUGCUGAAUUUGAUUUCUAUUCGAGUACGAUGAAACAUAUCAAUGAGGAACUGAAUCCAUUCAUCUUAGAAAUUGCCAAAGGGGAAGCUGGGCGAAGGAACUUUAAUGAACAACUAUUUCAACAGGAGACUGAGGGAAAACCCAAGCAUGAGCAUACAAGCGUAAUUCAUCGAUUAUCCCAAGAAAAACUAUUGAGGCCAACAUUUUUCAAAGAACCUCCCAACCGACUGUUAAAUACCUGGAAAUAA